GAGCUGCAGGUCCAGGGGGCUGCAAGGCAGUGGGGUGUGUGUGAGCGCGCGUGUGCGUGUGCACAUGAGUGUAUGUGUGUGUGUGCGCGCGCGUGGCCUCCCAGCAGCUGUGCCCCCCACCGCACCCACCGCACCCACCGCACCCACCGCCUCUGGCGCGCUGCCCCCGCCCCUGGCCAGCUGAGUGCGCCCCCCGGCCGCCGAGCUGCCUCCCCGCUCCCCAGCGCAAGCGCCGGGAGGCGACCCCUGGCGCGCCCCCGGGUUCAAAGGCCCCGCGCGGCGGCCCCAGCCCCUCCGGGGGGCGGGGAGGCGAGGGGGUGGUGCGGGCGCCAGAAAAGCCCGAGCCCACAGCCGGCCCUGCGCAGAGAUGGGCAGCGCGCUCUCAAGUGUGUGACCGCCGCCGCCAACUCCCGGCCGGGCCGGGGACGCAGCGAGCGAGCGCCGGCCUCGGACCCCGCAACUGGAGGGCGAGGCCGCUGUGCCGGGCCCAGCGCCCUUUCUCGGCCGCCGGCGUCCGUGCUCCCGGCCCGGUGCCCGAUCGGGGUUCAUGGAGCCGGGGCUGUGGCUCCUCUUCGGGCUCACAGUGACCUCCGCUGCAGGACUGGUGCCUCGCCCCCAGCCUGGGGACGCUGGCAGGAGCGGCAUGCCCGGGCCCCCCACUGCAGCCAGAUCUGAGGGGGACAUCGAGGAGAUUGUGGCCACUACUGCAGUGCAGGGUUUGAUUCCCAGACGCCCUGGGCAGGAGCAGAAACCAGGUCGGUUUGGGGAGCAGGCAUCCAAGGGGGGUCCUGUGCACCGCCGCGCGAGGCGCUGUACGUGCUUCACCUACAAGGACAAGGAGUGUGUCUACUACUGCCACCUGGACAUCAUCUGGAUCAACACUCCUGAACGGACCGUGCCCUAUGGACUGUCCAACUACAGAGGAAGCUUCCGGGGAAGGAGGUCCACAGGGCCAUUCCCGCAGAGCUCGCAGCCCUCCGAGUGGAGCCCGCGCUGCUCUUGUGUGCAGAGCCAGGACAGCGCCUGCUUGCACUUCUGCGCCCGCACCCUGGCUGUCAGCAGGAACUCAAGGACGGCAACAAAUCCUGACAAAGAAGAGUCAGCCAGCGGUGCCAACGGGGGCCUGCGUCCAAGGAGGUGAAACUGCUUUCUGAGGCGUCACACCCUUGGGGACAAGGAGGAUGUGAGGGUGGCAUGUGGUCGUGAGGACAGCCGGUGGGAGCCCCAGCACGCACGGGGUGCGGCAUCCACAGGGGACGGGGCCUUCGGUACAUUAUCUCUGGGGGCAGAGCAGGCUGGAGCUGUGGACAGUCACUGUCACUGCCCGGCCCCUGGGCAGCCACUCUCCGUCACAGAAUUGACGCCUUGCAUCCCUUGCAGCUUCGGAGCCGCGACAGCUGGCUCUGGACUUCACUGGGCCCGGCCCAGACACAGCUAGCUGGCCUGCUGCUCGGACACAACCCUCCCCCGACCCCAACAGCCCCGGCUCAACUACCCGGGCCCAGGUGUCGCCUUUUCCACAGGCAACAUGUGGUCGUUACCAAAAAAAAAAAAUCAUUUCUUCUCUGCAGCAGCUGAUUCUGGCGAGCGGUGACUUAUAGCAGCUUGGCUUGGCAGUAAGGCCCCCGUGUCCCCACAUUGGUUUUUUGUUUUUUGUUUUUUAGCCUGCUUGUCUUUGGUAUGAGAGAUUCUGAGGGUUUCUCCAGCCAGACUGGGUUUCUUUGUCAUCCUGUCAAUCAGGAAUUGUUAUGAAUGGCCCGCACAUCUCAAUGGGACGGUAAUUCAUGUCCAUAAUAAUAGCCUGGAGGUGGCUUGGGUUCCUACAGGGACUGAUCAAGGGAAGAUUAAACCGUGCUCGGUACACAGGAGGCUUUCCGAAUCAGUGCCAGCGGCUUCUCGGCAUCCAGGAAGACCCUUCGGCACCCGGAACACGAACGGAGACAGUGGCGGGGCGGGCGAGGCGGCAGAGAGAGGCCCCAGAGAGCACGAGCCAGGCCCCAGCUGGUCCCAGCCUUGCCUUUUCUGUCUCUUUCCUUUCUUGCUCUUCUCGCCCCACACCCAUACUCCUCUCGGCGAGGGCGGGGUGGGACUAAAGCCGUCCGUCCUUCCCCUCAUUUAUUCACCCCUCAUGCACCUGUGAAUCGCGCACCUGGGACGCACUGGGCACGGUUCUAGAAGUCGGGGACGGCAGGGCGUGAGGCAAAGCGUCUGGCCCUGUGGAACUUAAAUAGUGGGGGAGCGGGCAGCAAACAGAUACGGUCUCCCUCCUUAUCCGUGGGGCUACGUGCCCAGGCCCUCCGUGGACGCCUGGAACCACGGCCACCACCGAGCCUCGUCUGUACUGUGCUUUUUCCUCCACGUACACACCCCUGGGAAAGCGUGGUUUAUAAAUUAGGCACAGGAGAGAGUGACGACAAUAGCCCACCCUAGACUAGAAGCAGCAAAACAGUCUGCUGUAAUAAAGGUUCUGUGAAUGUGCUCUCUCUGGCUCAAAACAGUUCGGUCUGUACUCGGCCUCCUUGCGAGGAGGGAAUGACAAGAUGCUGUGUGGGGGGGAGAGGGAGCUGGACACGCAGGCCCGUGAUGCAGCGCGAGGCUACUGGGGACCCUCUGAGAGUGUCAGAGGCAGGGACGUCUGCUUCUGGGCCGUGGCUGACAGCGGGUGACUGAAACCAUGGCUAAGAGGGGACCACUGUACGUGAAAUAACAGAGCGAGACAGAUGAGGGACAGUAGGAAGGCAGGGUCGGGCCAGGAAGUGCUGGGGCUGGUUGUAGUUUGGGAUCUGGUGGACAGCAUGGUCUCCCUGAGCAGGUGACGUUGGCUUAGAGACCCUCAGGAAGUCAAGGGGUGAGCCAGGGGGAUGAGGAAGGGGAAGAGAUUUCAGGCAGGGACCACACUAAGUGCAAAGGUCCUGUGGUAGGAAUGUGCCCAGUAUGUUCAAGGAAGGCGAGAGAGCUGUGCACAGAGAAAGUACGAGGUUGCUUUAGCUGUUGCUCUGUUACUGUCGUCUUGACGGUCCAGAAGGUGAGGAAGGUAGCACAGGUGCUACCCCCUGGGGCCGGAAAGGUGGUUCUUCCAGGUCUUUGCGAUUCAUGUAAAGCUCCUGUAGGAAGAUUUACUCAGGAAGAAACAUCUUUUCUUAUAAGCCACGGUCCCUACUUGCCUGCAAGACUCAAGUUAGUAAUUUCCAGAUUCACAUUCUCAGAGUGGAAGCUUGCCACCGUCCCGAGCUUAUGAUAAUCGAAGCCGUGACCAGGCUGCGGGGCAGCUCCCAGAGGCCACGUCUGCUAGUGUGGUUGAUUCACACCUUCCUGGGCGGAUGGCAGGCUCUGAAAUUGCCAAGAAGCACUGGCGAGAAGGUUCAGCAAAGCAGGCAGCGGGGCUAGAGGGAGCGCGGGGGGAAGUCGCCUGUACAGGCAGUGGGAGCUCUGCGGCGCUACAUGCCUUUCUGUCUUUCACCUCUUUCUCCGGGACAGGCUGAAGUCAGGGACGGACAAAGUGAGCGGGCCUUAGGCCUCCAGCAUCAAAUGCUUCCCCGGGCAGGGCUCCUCGUUCAGCCUGUAGCUCUGCAGUUUUAGGAGCCCCCGCCAAAGCAGGCCCGCGGCACCCCGUUUCGGGGGCCUCAGUCCCUGCUCCUGCCCACUUCACAUUCCCACCUCUUGGAGGUCAAGGAAGGCGUUUUGCCCCCGGGGAGAAAAACCCAUCAAGAGGGUCCUCACUUAACAAUACCGCCCUACCCCAAGAAAGCCCCCGUCCAAAGGACCCGGUUUCUCUAAUGGGUAAAAUGAUCCCAGAUGUGCCCCAGAGCCUGACGCCCGUGGCUCGGGUUUCAUGCAGGAAAUUGUUUUUGGAGUGGUAGGGCACGUUGGAAAGCCACUUGCUAGCUUUCUCCUUCUCCUGGAGGAGAGGUGGGCUCUGAGCUGGCUUUGCACACGUGAACGCGCAUCCUCUUGUACGCGACGCAGCGGGUGGUGGGAGUAUGUGACACUCACGUCCUGACAUGGGGCGGCCCCGCGGUGGGAGCCGGGAGGGCGCUGGGCGUCGAUUCUGGGUGCAGGUCGUAGCUCUGCGGAGUUGAGGACUGUGAAGCUUAUCGGAUGUAGACAGAUUUUCAGCUGUGUGUGGUGCCCACCGGAAAGAAUAGAUCUUAGAAAAAAGAACGA